CAGACGCUCUUCUGCCAGACUUUUCCAGAAGCAGAUUAGAUGCUGCCGCAUUAAGAGUCAUUAUCGCUGGUUAACAGAAUGACGUUAGACAUAUAACUAAUGUGAAAGUCUUUCGGUAAUAUUAAAGGUUUGGUUCACUGUGUUGUUAUCGCAAGAUGAAACGUAACUCCAGUGGAUCCACACUUAGGAAAAUUAUUAAUCCUUCAGAGAGCGAUCAAAUUGAUUCGAGGGACUUUGAAAACAGAACAGCUGCAUGCACAGCUCUGCAGGCAGAUGUUCCUCUGGCUGUGGUUGAGGAGAUCCUACUGAACCUGCCUGCACAUCAGGUGGUGCGAGUCUGUCGGCUGGUGUGUCGUGAGUGGAAGGAGCUGGUGGACAGUGCCUCACACUGGAGAGAGCGCUGUCGGAGAGAGGGGAUCCAGCCCUGUGAUGCUUCCAGAACCCCAGAGGACUGGCGCCUGUUUUACUUUAUAACUAAGAAACGACGGAACUUGCUCAAGAAUCCCAGUGCUGACGAUGGACUUCAAGGCUGGAAUCUGAUACAGGAUGGUGGUGACCUCUGGGAAGCACACGGAAAUAGACGUGCAUUUCCAGACAACACCGUCACCAAAUGUUUUGUGACAUCCUAUAUGUUAUGUUUGAAGCAGCAGCUGAUUGAUUUGAAGAAAGAAGGUUAUAGUGCUGCUUUCAUGGAUCAACUGCAACCUCAUAUCAAAAUAUCAGACUGGUAUACGGCACGCUCUGAUUGUGGAAGUGAGUAUCAGAUCUGUGUAGAGUUGCUUGAUCGGAGGAAAAACCCCAUCAGGACCUUUGAGCCUGAGAAAGUUAUAUUUGACUAUGGGAACAGUGAGCCGUGGUGUCAAAUGAUGCACGUUUUUAAGGAAUAUGGACCUGGAGUUCGGUUUAUUCGUUUCACUCAUGGAGGGAAGGAUAGACAGUACUGGGCAGGCCAUUAUGGAAUACGGGUCACUAACAGUAGUGUGGAGAUCUGCCCAGCUGCAGAGAGACAUGAACUGCUAUUGAGAUGAUGAAUUACUUGAAUGCAAUAAAUGAUUGAAAUGAAAA